CGUGAGUCAUAAGACUUGUAUUAUGAUUUAGCAGGUUGAAGGAAACAUCUAUAAUUCUGCCGAUUUCUUCAGCCGUUCUUCCUUUUAAACUAAAAGACUAAGAUGGCUGAGCGUCUUAAACACAAGUCUAAGAUACACGAACGGCUGAAUAAUCCAGAACUUCGCUGCAAAACAGGGUGUGGUUUCUAUGGUAACCCAGCAUGGCAAGGUUACUGUUCAGUGUGUUUUCGAGAAGUUUACUUAAAGCAGCACAAGACACGAGAUGCUCAAAUGCGCAGUGCAAAACUUCUAAAAGAUCAGCAAGAUCAAGCAGAGAAAUUACAAUUUAAUAAAUUUGAAGAAAAGAAAAAGUUCAAGACUGAGUCCAAAAAAGAAAGUGUCAAAAACCUCUUCAAGAAGAAACCCUUACAAGUUGAAGGCACUUCUAGGCCAAGCCCGUCCUCAACAAGUAAUAAGAAACCAUCCGAUUUUAAAGAAUUCCUGAAAACACUGAGAAGACCAGCAGCUCAUGAUGUCAGUGAGCAGUGUAAAUCAUUUGUACAACAAGUGUAUGAUAAUAAAACCUUAUCUGUUAGCCAACAAAGUGAAAUGGUGCAAGACUUUUAUGGAGCAAUGGCAGAUAGAUUAGAAUCACAUCUUAUAUUUAAAGAUCAACCACAAGAAGUACUUGACAGUACACUAAGCAAUAUUGAGAAAUACAUCAUGACUAGGUUGUAUAAAAUUGUAUUUUGUCCUGCGACCACCGAUGAUGAAGAAAAGGAUUUAGAAUUACAAAAGAAGAUCCGUAGCUUUCACUGGAUCAAACCGCAACAUCUUGAUGCUGAAAUAGAUGAGACUAAUGACGAAGUUGUUAAACUAUUGGAAGACGCACAACAUGAUCUUGUAGAGAUCAACACUAAGAGAGCACCUCAGGAUAAACUUAACUGUGUUGUGAGAUGCUGUAAAAAAAUCUUUAAAAUCAUUCAUUUAUCAACCCCUAGUGGUGGAGCCGUCAGUGCAGAUGACUUCCUCCCUUGUUUAAUAUACAUAGUACUCAAUGCAAACCCCACCAUGUUACAUUCUAAUGUCCAGUACAUUUCCAGGUUUUGUAAUCCAAACAAGCUAAUGACAGGUGAAGCUGGUUAUUACUUUACAAAUCUGUGUUGUGUAGUCACAUUUAUCAAUAAGCUUGAUGCCCAGGCUUUAUCCAUGACACAAAGUGAUUUUAACAGAUAUAUGUACGGAGAUGAAAAUGGGCCUGUUAGUGAAGAUACAACUGACAAAGGUGAUCCAGAGCCUCCUGUAACUUGUAAAGGACUGGAACUCAUGAAGGAAAACCUGGAACUACUUGCAAAAUUGCGUGAAAGACAAAACAGACUAAAGCAUGAUGCUUUAGAACUUCAUGACCAGAUAACAGAGUACAGAGUUAACAUUGUAAAAGAGGUGGAUGCCAUUUUAGCAGGCACAAGUGAUGGCAAUACAUAUCUAAAGACACCAACACCAACUGAAAUACAGCAAGCUAGUACAAGUGGCUUACCAAGCAUAGAGACCGCUACGUCAUAGUAUAGACCAAAAAUUAGGAUAUUAUUACAAUGAAUGUGGUGCAAGAAGGGAUGAAUAACAUAAAGAACACAAGAAUCGGGUCUUAGCUACGCAUUACAUAUACAUGUUUGACUGAGCUUUAUUUGAGCGCAACUGAAACAAUGGGCAAGAAAUUCCACAGGACCGACAUGAUUCUCUUUGAGUUCCACAGUGAGAAAGCUGAUGUAUUCAGUACCAGGAGAUGAUGUGUUCACCUUAGCAUUCGUUGACGUCUAUCUUGCUCCUCUUUUCGUUUCUUUUUUCUUUCUUAUCCGAUUGUUCAUUUUCUUGAUUCCAAAAGAACAACUUACAAUUCGUUCCAAGAACAGCUGAAGGCGAAUAUUUAAAUGAAAUUAUGACCGUAACUACUAUGGAUAAAUUUUGGAAUGGCAAUUUGGUCGCUGUUUUAAUAAACGUGAUUGUGCGCACAUUUCGAAAUUUCGAUGGUUUUUCUUCACUCACUUAUGUCACCCUCUCCAUGGCAACCAUGAUGGGAGAAACCUUUGCGCCUGAAGAAACAUAUAAAGAAAUGCUUUAAAAGAAUAUCUCUUUUUUUGGAGAAUGAAAAAAUUCGUUUAUGACGAUAAAAUACUGUAGACAAAUACUGCUAAAAAGAUCAUUUUUAAGUAACAAAAUAAAAGAUUUUAACAA